GCAAGCGGGCCGGGCGGAGAUGCAGCGGCGGCUCCGGGUGUCGUGGCGCGGGCCGGGCGGUGUGCGGACCGGAGGCGGGCAGGGGGUACCCGCCGCAGCACCCGCACUCUCCUGACGCCCCAGCCCUGCAGGCGAUCCCGGGUCGCCCCAGCCGUUGUCCCGCUUUGCAGUCCCCACCCCUCCGCCCUUUGUGCCGCCGCCACCGGGCGUCCCUAGCUCGGCGGAACCCGGGGCGCGCGGGAGCGAGAGGCCCCGCUGGGCGCACGGCCGGUAGCGGAUGGCGAGCGCGCGCGGCGGGCGCAGGGGCUCUGCAGCCCGAGCCCGCGACGUUGGAAGCCCGGGCCGCCUCCGCCGCAUUGUCCCGGGCUGCGAGCUCAGGCCCUGAGCUGCCGCAGCGCCCGCCCACCGCCACCCGCGGGGCCAUGCGGAGAGCCGCCGGCAUGGAGGACUACUCCGCAGAGGAGGAGGAGUCCUGGUACGACCAUCAGGACCUGGAGCAGGACUUGCACCUGGCUGCGGAGCUCGGGAAGACCCUGCUGGAGCGGAACAAAGAGCUGGAGGGGUCCCUGCAGCAGAUGUACGCCACCAACGAGGAGCAGGUGCAGGAGAUCGAGUACUUGACCAAGCAGCUGGACACGCUGCGCCUCGUGAAUGAGCAGCAUGCCAAAGUGUACGAGCAGCUGGACCUGGCGGCCAGAGACCUGGAGCUGACCAACCAGAGGCUAGUGUUGGAGAGUAAGACUGCCCAGCAGAAGAUCCACGGGCUGACAGAGACCAUUGAGCGCCUGCAGUCUCAAGUCGAGGAGCUACAGGCCCAGGUGGAGCAACUGCGAGGCCUGGAGCAGCUUCGGGUUUGCCGGGAGAAGCGGGAACGCAGGCGAACGAUUCAUACCUUUCCCUGCCUGAAGGAGCUGUGUACAAGUGCUCGGUGUGAGGAUGGCUUCCGCCUACACAGUUCCUCACUGGAGCUGGGCCCUCGGCCCCUGGAGCAGGAAAACGAACGGCUGCAGACCUUGGUGGGGGUGCUGCGUUCCCAGGUGAGCCAGGAGCGACAGCGCAAGGAGCGAGCAGAGCGCGAGUACACCGUGGUGCUCCAGGAGUACACGGAGCUGGAGAGACAGCUGUGUGAGAUGGAGGGCUGCCGCCUGCGCGUGCAGGAGCUGGAGGCCGAGCUGCUGGAGCUGCAGCAGAUGAAGCAGGCAAAGACCUACCUGCUGGCCCGGGAUGAGCACCUGGCAGAGGCUUUGCUGGCGCCUCUCACUCAGGCCCCGGAGGCUGACGACCCCCAACCAGGCAGUGGAGACGACUCCAAUGCCCAGGAUGGUAUCUCCUCACCUGCAGCCUCCCCGAGCCACGCCGUGCGCAAGAGCUGCAGUGACACAGCACUCAAUGCCAUAGUGGCCAAAGACCCAGCCAGCCGACAUGCUGGCAACCUCACGUUGCAUGCCAACAGUGUGCGCAGGCGCGGUAUGUCUAUCCUGAGGGAGGUGGAUGAACAGUACCACGCGCUGCUGGAGAAAUACGAGGAGCUGCUGAGCAAGUGCCGGCAGCAUGGUGCCGGGGUGCGGCACGCGGGCGUGCAGACCUCCCGGCCCAUCUCCCGGGACAGCUCAUGGAGGGACCUGCUGGGAGGCGAGGAGGGCCAGGGAGAGGGCAAGGCGGGUGAGAAAAGCCUAAGCCAGCACGUGGAGGCGGUGGAUAAGCGGCUGGAGCAGAGCCAGCCGGAGUACAAAGCACUCUUCAAAGAGAUCUUCGCCAGGAUCCAGAAGACCAAGGCCGACAUCAACGCCACCAAAGUCAAGACACACAGCAGCAAGUGAUCUGU